AUGAGUACCAACAGCGAUUUCACCAUCGAAGGAGCGCGACGCAGUCGCAUCUCAGACAGCUCCCGGCCCGGAUACUUGGAAGCCAGAGCUCCUGAUGCCAAGCACCGAGGAUGGGGUCCCAUGACCUUAGAUCUGCGGGUGUUUGCGUACGAGAACUUUUUGGAGCUCAUUGUCUGGACUGAUCGGGAGCGAGAUGUUGGCCUGGGCGCCCUAAACGGAUACCGCAGUGCAGUCAAGAGUUUGUACAUCGAUCAAGGUGUUGCUCUCCCUGAGCCAUAUGAUGGGGACAUGAAGAACCUUCAAAAUGGGUCCAAGGAAUUCACUGGCAAGCGUCCAAUGUCGUUAUCGAUGCUUGAGCAUCUCCGCGCGGCGAGCAUGGGUCUUCCCGAUUGCGGAUUUACGCAUCUCUACCUAGUUAUCACGUGGAACUUGAUGUGCCGUUCCAAAUCCACGGAGACGAUACGAUUCGAGCACAUGUCGUGCGAGGGCGAUGCCAUUGGUCUCGUGCAUCCCCACGAUUUAUUGACUGGCCAGUUCAUCCUCCCCCUGUUGUCUACGCCGUUAUUUGCUAGCAACGAUUUGGUGUCAACCCUGCGACCUUUGGUAUUUUCUGGGACCGAGUCCACGUUCUUGUUUGCCUCAGGCAUCCCCCCCACAUGGAGUUACUACGGCAACUGGAUCGAAAUGAAAAGUCGAUCCAAAGUAUGCCUGCUGUCGUAUUAA